ACGCGUGAUGAGGCGAAUCGGUGCGAUACUUAUUCUUGCUGCUCAGCUGCUGACGGUCUUAACGACGUAACUACCGAUGGUGAUGGCCACCCCGAGAGCUGCAUACUGUUGCGCCUUUCUUUGCGAAACUCUUUAUAAAAUACAGGUUUUGAUGGAAGUUGUACCAUGUUAACGGAUGACCGUAGCUAAUUACAAAACCUGCAUUUUUUUUGUUACGCCGUUGUUCUACAGGUCGUUAAAAUGUCUUUAAAAACGUUGCCAUUGCUGGUUCUGAACCUUGGAGGAGAAAUGCUUUACGUUUUGGAUCAACGUCUUCAAGUUCCGAAUAUCCCAGAGGAUAAAGCGCAGAAGGGUGUUUGGUCAGAGGAUGACAGAAAAAGAGUGAUGAGUGACAUAAUAAGUGCAUUGUUUAACAAGCCUUUCAUGGAGGAACUGUUGAAGCCUCAGGAUAUUUACUCACACAAGGCAAUGAGAACUCUCCUGACACGCAUAGCACACUCUUCAAUAAUGAGGCUCAACCCUGCCAGCAUGGAGAAGCUGUAUGAUCUCAUGGUCAUGGCAUUGAAAUAUCAAGUGCUACUUUGUCCAAGACCUCGGGACUUGUUGCUAGUGACGUUCAAUCACAUUGACACCAUCAGGCAUUUUGUAAGCCACAACCCCAGACUUGCCAACCAGAUUGAUGAGUCUCAACGACAAUUUAUUGAGAUGUAUAAACAUUUGACUGACGGCGAGUUCCAACUCAUCCGACAAACUCUACUCAUCUUUUUCCAAGACGUGCAUGUUAGGGUGUCACUGUUUCUCAGAGAGAAGCUCCAGAGCCCCAACGGGCGAUUUGUCCUCAGCACCUCAGGCCCGGUACCUCAAGGCUCAGAUGUUCCAGGACUAAUCAGGUCGUUUAACUGUAAUGGGAAGGAGCAGAAGAGGCGGGAGUUUCCCAGCGGUGGGACCUACACCAGCCACAUGCGUGAGGGCUCCUUCGACAUGGCGGGGGACAGAGUCAUCCGCCUGGGCACCAACAUGUACAGUGAGUCAGCUGAAAACACACAGACCACAGGAACUCCCAGAAGGUUCAACCAGAACUCCCAGCAACUCUCACACUCCACUCUCACAGAGCGGCGCUUUACAGAGACCAAGGUCUACCACCCCAACCCUUUGGCCAAAGAGGAGCUGAACCUGCUGGCUAGGCUGAUGGGUGGCAUGGAGGUGCAGGACCCCCACAGCGGGAACUCUGGCUUCCGCGUGAACCUCUUCGCCACAGACCAGGAGGAAGAGGAGGCGGAAAGUGAGACAGAUGGUGUGUUCGCUGUCAUAAACAUCCAAGCCACCCAGGAUCACCAUGCCAACUCUGAACUGGCCCGGAUUGCUGGCGAGUUCACAGAUCAGGAAGAGACUUCGGACGCCCCGAGCAGCAAAGGGGACCACCUGCUGUCACUGAUGGACGAGCUGUGAAGAAGAGCAGAGAGGAAGAGGAGAAAUAUCUUGGCAUAAGAUGGACAAGAACGGCGCUACUCAUCAACACUGAAACCAAACUGUCACUGAAGCUUGUGGUUAAAAACUGGAAAGAGUUUGUUUGUAUUUUUAAUGUGGGUGGAUUCCACAAGAGCUUCUUAACAUGUUUUUGGUGUUAGUCACGGGCUGAGGUUUUCAGGGUUUUGUGAGUUUUAUGAGGCUUAUAAGAUGAAUAAAUAAGUUACUGAAAAGUAAUUGAAUGUUAUCCACAUUAACCAUGUUAUCCAUGUUAUCCAUGUUAACACUGAAACCAAACUGUCAAUGAAGCUUGUGGUUAAAAACUGGAGUUUGUAUUUUUAAUGUGGGUGGAUUCCACAAGAGCUUCCUAACAUGUUUUUGGUGUUAGUCACGUGCUGAGGUUUUCAGGGUUUUAUGAGUUUUUUGGAGACUUAUAAGAUAAAGUGCAAUAAAUAAGUUACUGAAAAGUAAUUGAAUGUUAUCCAGUUCACUUGACUGGUUCAUGAUAUAUUUUUCAUGACUUGAUCAUUAUUAAAUACAGACACAAAGUAUGCAAAAAAGCGUUACAAAGAGUUUCAAAGUGCAAAUAAAUCAUUCACAUCCAUGUUAUAUGUAUAUUUAAAGUAAUGAAUAAAAUACCCUAACCUUU